CUACUUGCUGUCUCUCUCUUCAUAUUCGCCAAUCUCUCUCUCUCUCUAACGAUUCCGAUUCUUGACUCGGCCGAGUUGAGUAUAAAAAAUCAAGAAGAAAAACCUUUAAUAAAACGAAGACGAAGAAGAAAAUGGGUAUUUGCAGUUCGACUAACUCGACUCACGUUGCGACGGCGAAACUUAUUCUACAAGACGGAAAAUUACAGGAGUUUUCUUACCCUGUUAGGGUAUCUUACGUUUUGCAGAAGAAUCCGGCUUGUUUCAUCUGUAACUCGGAUGAAAUGGACUUCGACGACGUCGUUUCAGCCGUAAACGACGAGGAAGAGCUUCAACCUGGUCAGCUUUAUUUUGCUCUGCCUUUGGGUAGACUAAACCAACGUUUACAACCGGAAGAGAUGGCCGCAUUGGCCGUUAAAGCCAGUUCGGCGCUUAUGAAAAGCGGCGGCGGUGGCGGCGAAAAAUGUCGCCGGAACUCUGUCUCGCCUAUUGCUUUCUCUGGCGAUACUAUUAAAUCUUCUUCGCGGUGUGGUAAUGGCGGUUCCACCGGAUCCGGUGGCGGUAAUGGGAAUGGGUCUAGGAGGGUUAGGAGAAAUGGGGGAAGAAAGUUUACGGCGAUGUUGAGUGCGAUACCGGAGUAAAAAGGGUAAAAAUGGAAAUUCAUUUUGUACGGAAAGUGGUAUUCUUGUAAAUAUUGUAAUGAUCUUGGGUUAAAAAUCACUUCCAGAUUUAAUUGUAGAGAUUUAAUUUAGAGGAUUUUAGCGGCUCUUUUAUUCUUC